CGAGCGCACGCGGAGAACCGCCCUCCUUCCCGGCGCCGCCGCCAUGAUGCUGCUGGGCCGCGGGCUGGACGCCAGGGACAGUCAGACUAGACAAAUUCAAGAUGCUGUUUCGAAUGUGGAAAAGCAUUUUGGUGAAUUAUGCCAAAUAUUUGCUGGGUAUGUUCGUAAAACUGCCAGACUACGAGACAAAGCAGAUAUUCUAGUAAAUGAAAUAUAUGCAUAUGCAGCUACAGAGACACCCAACUUAAGAGCUGGACUGAAAAACUUUGCAGAUGAAUUUUCCAGACUUCAGGAUUAUCGCCAGGCAGAGGUUGACAGGCUUGAAGCCAAAGUUGUUGAACCACUGAAAAGUUACGGGACCAUAGUGAAACUUAAAAGGGAUGAUCUUAAAGCAACUUUAACAGCAAAGCAUCGAGAAGCCAAGCAGUUCUCUCAACUGGAGAAGACACGCCAACGGAAUCCAUCAGAUCGACACAUUAUUUCACAGGCUGAAAGUGAACUGCAGAGAGCUUCACUGGAUGCAACUCGAACAACUCGGCAAUUAGAGGAAACCAUUGAUAAUUUUGAGAAACAGAAAAUAAAGGACAUAAAAAAUAUAUUUUCUGAAUUUAUAACUAUUGAAAUGUUAUUCCAUGGGAAAGCUUUAGAGAUAUAUACUGCUGCCUACCAAAAUAUCCAAAAUAUUGAUGAAAAUGAAGAUUUAGAGGUUUUUCGGAGCUCGCUUCAUCCACCAGAUUAUCAGUCUCGCUUAGAGAUGGUUCGUGCAAAUUCCAAGUCCCCUCUGCAAACAGGCUCUAUAAAGUCCCCAUUGAGGACAGUACAGAUUUCCAGCAGUAUGCUAAGAAAAGAAGAAGAUGAGGAGGAGGAAGAUGAAGAUGAGGAAGAGGAGGAGGAUUUGGAUGCUAGUAAGGAAGUGAGAUAACAAAACUAUUCUGAGUUUAAUUGGGGAAAAAAAUAUUUCCUUUUAUGUAAAGGCAUUUGUGUAUUAAUAAAAAGUUCACUUAGGUUGUAUUUUUAAAAUUCCAAAAGCAAAAAUUUGCACUAAUAGUAGAGUGCCAGAAACAAAUUACCAGUUUCGAAGAAUGGAGCAGAAUCUGUUGAAAAUGGACUAUUUCAGCAGUUAGAAAAAUGAAAUAUUUAAAUAAAAUGCUGUACUGUAUUUGCAUAGAUGUUAUAUUGCAGUCACAUUUGCUUAAAUUUACUUGAUGAACAGUGUCCACAAACUGCACUAAGCUGACAUGCAGUAAUGAACAUAAGGGUUUGCUUGUUACUUUGCCAAUAUAUUACCUUUAUUCUGUAGCUAUAUAUGUAUUGCAUUUAUUAAGUCUUCUACCUAUACCUGUUAUAAUUGGUUUUAUACAUCCUGAAGUAACUGUAGUAUUUAAGAACCCAAUUACAGCAACAACCAUGUUAAUUUCAUUACCCACCUUGGAUGGCCCAAGGCAGUUUUCUCAUUCUCCUUUUCCUCAGGCUUGACUAAGAUUAUUUUUGAAUUUUUGAAUACAUACAGAAUGAACAUUAACAAUUAAGACCCAGCCUGAUAUCUACUUUCAAUGCUGCUUUGCUUUUAAAUAAAAGUGCCUUCAUAAUAAAGCUAGUUGAUCUUUUAUAUAGUUGACACUUACUGUAUUAGCUGACAUGCUAUAUGUAGCUCAAGUUUUGUUUUCAACUGGUUGAUGCAGUUACUGAUUCCAUCAAACAUACAAGAAAUUACACAUUUUGAGUGCAGAUUGUGGUUAUGCAUAUCCAUUUUUGAAUAGUGUAAAAUUGUCUGCCAGAAAGCUGCUGCCAUACUCAUCUCCAGCUUUAAGAUCUGCUUGAUACAGAAAGAACAUAUAUAUAUAUAUUUAUAUUUAGAACUUAAACUUGUAACUGGGAAAACACACUGAAGUUAUAACCAAAUAUUCUUCUAGUUAUGGAAAAUAAACCAGGAAGUGCAUUUUUAAUACUGAUGCUGCCUUUGUCUGCUGAAGCAAAGUGUGCAGUGCAUACUUGUUUCAACAGGUUAAAUAAACAGGUUUUGCCAAAAAUUAAUGUGAUAAAAAUGUAAGUGAACAUGUCACAAUAUAGAGCUCUGUUUUAAACCCAGAAAAGAGUUUUACACCAGAAUUGUGUAGUAUUGACAUUGAACUACUCAUGACAAAGAGUAGAACUCCAGUGACCAAAACUAGGUAACUAAUUCCUAUCUAUUUUAGCUAUUAGGGCACAUCAAUUAAUAUUUGUAUCACAACAUCAAAAUUAUGAUGAUCACUUUAUCAUUUUAUAUUCAGCGAAAUCAUGUAAUCCAAAACAGUUGGUUAACUUCAAGUUUUUUGUAUAAUAGAUAUAUGCAAAAAGCAAUUAUUUGUGUACUAUGCCUUGAAAAAGGAAUUCUGAAUAAAAAAGGAAGCAGUGUGUAGUUUAAUCCCCACUAAAACAUUAGUAGCUAGAAUUUUUUUAUCCUCAGCAGCUUCAAAUUCCUUCUCCCCUACCUCACAAAAUGUCAAUUUCAGGAGUUAAAGAAAAACACACACAGAAAGGAGAAAAACAGUGUUGGGCAACUUUGUCCUCUAUAUAUGAUGUCUUAAGUUUGCAUGUUGGACAGAAACUGUGUGACCUCAAAACUAUAAAGUCACUGAUAAAUGUAUUUUAAAGCCAAAAGAAGAAUUCAGAAUCCAAUUAAAUAAUUAAAUAUUACCUAAAGAUACUUCUGUCUUGUACCCAUCAAACUGUCAUGUUACAGCUUUCCUGAAUGCUUCAGGCACCUUCUAAUCACUAUUACUUAAUUUAGCAACAUAAUCAUUAGUAGUAAAUUUUGAUGACAAGAAACUUUCCUCCUUUAAAUCAUAAUUUUUGGACGAUGGUAGCAAAAGCAACCUCCGAGUAAGCAUAACUAAGGAAAGUAGCUAUAUUCUGUAUCAACAGCACAUACUGCAGUAUUUCCUUUGUUAUUCUUUUACUAUAUAGAUGGUACUUAAAAAGGAAGCACAGUAAUUCAAGCCAUAUAAUUCUAGACUGUCCCUGAUGUCUCCUUUAUACCGAAAGUACUCUGCCUCCAAACCAUGAAAUAUGCACUUCUAAAACCUUUAUUAUCAAGAAAUGUUGUCACCACCACACACCGGUACCACCUAUUCCGGCAGAAUCAGAAUACAAUGCCUUUAUAUACACGUGCACAUUUCCAGCUGGGGGGUAAAACCAAAAAAGACUAGCCAAAACAAAUUAGCAAGGUACUACAAACUGAGAACCAACUGUCCUUUUAACAUAAUUUAACUGAUGUACUGGCAGCCAUUCCCAAUUUCCCUCUCCUUCAGAUUAUCUGUGCAUACUUUGAAGUGGAGCUUUCAUCUUUAUAGACCUUUAAAAAAACCCGCUUUUUUGGCUUAUCAAUUGCAUGUUUCAGAUUAACCUAGAGAAGUCAUCAAGUCUAAUCUGGUUUUAAAUUAAAGGCAAAUUAGCUAUAGGGCAAACAAGAAAUAUUUGUAAAUGUCUUAAUUAUGACCUCUGCCAUUAUAAGCUUUAUGACGUUUUAUGUAUUGACGGGGGGGGAAUUUACCAUCCAAAAAAAUAAAUGUCAUCAUUACUCAAACUUUCUUAAAAACAGAUAACGCGUUUUCUAAAAGAUUGUCUCACAUUUAACUGGCAAGAAAACCUACAAAACUACCCUAUGUUUCCAGCCUCCAAAUCUUUUUCAUUACAAGAAUUAAUAUGCAUGUACCAAUAUUACUCUAGAAGCAUGGGAAAAAAAAUUACCAGUUCAUUGUCAGUUACUGAAAACCCCUGUUGUGUGACAGAACUUUAAAACCAAUAAAUUGCCAAAGCUGAUUGAAAA